CAACUUUAAGACUUGUGAACUACAACUCCUAUAAUUCCCUACCCAGCAUGUCUAGCUAGGGAAUUCUGGGAGUUGAAGUCCAGAGGCCUUAAAGUUUCCAAGGUUGGACAUACCUGAUCUAAACCUUCAUCUCAACAAGGGCCACUCUGAAAAAGUUCCUUCACAUUUGAUCUUGGAAUAAAGUUGCUUUUUUAAAUAACAUUCUUACUGUAUGAGGCUUUCCAAAGGCCUAGUGAGUUUAACACAUUUCCCUCACCCAAUUUAAAAUGGAAGGUGCUUUGUCUAAAGAUGUGUUUUAAGUUUGCCAGUUGGAAGGAAGGCAUUUAUUUCCCAUUUUUUGAACCACAGCAUUUCUGGAAGGGACAAUGGAUCAGCCCAGCGGGAGAAGUUUCAUGCAAGUUCUUUGUGAAAAAUACAGCCCGGAAAACUUCCCUUAUCGUCGUGGUCCCGGAAUGGGCGUGCAUGUCCCGGCUACACCUCAGGGUUCACCUAUGAAAGACCGCCUCAACCUGCCAAGCGUGCUGGUGUUGAACAGCUGUGGGAUCACCUGUGCAGGAGACGAGAGGGAGAUAGCUGCCUUCUGUGCUCACGUAUCUGAACUGGAUCUUUCUGACAACAAAUUAGAAGACUGGCACGAGGUCAGUAAAAUUGUGUCCAAUGUCCCUCACUUGGAGUUUCUGAACCUGAGUUCCAAUCCUCUGAAUUUGUCAGUUUUAGAAAGGAAAUAUGCUGGAUCUUUCUCUGGUGUUCGCAAACUUGUGCUCAACAACAGCAAAGCUUCCUGGGAAACAGUCCACACUAUACUGCAAGAAUUACCAGACUUGGAGGAACUUUUCCUGUGCCUUAACGACUAUAAUGCAGUGUCUUGUUCUCCAUCUUGUUGUAAUUCUCUCAAAUUGCUCCACAUAACUGACAACAAUCUCAAAGACUGGACUGAGAUCCGGAAGCUGGGGAUAAUGUUUCCAUCGCUAGAUACUUUGGUUCUGGCCAAUAACAGUCUGUCAACCAUUGAAGACUCCGAAGAUUCCCUGGCAAGGCUAUUCCCCAACUUGCGCUCCAUCAGUCUGCACAAGUCAGGACUGCAUUCCUGGGAAGACGUUGACAAACUGAAUUCUUUCCCCAAGCUUGAGGAAGUGAGGUUGCUGAGAAUCCCUCUCCUUCAGUCGUACACCAAUGAGGAGCGGAGGAAGCUGGUAAUAGCCAGGCUACCAUCAAUCACCAAGCUGAAUGGAAGUGUCAUAACGGAGGGAGAACGAGAAGACUCUGAGAGGUUUUUCAUCCGCUAUUACCUGGACUUCCCACAGGAAGAAGCUCCUUUCAGGUACCAGGAACUAGUGACAAAAUACGGGAAGCUGGAAAAACUGGCGGAGAUCGACCUGACCCCUCAGAGCAGCGCCAAAGUCGAAGUUCACUUCAAAGACCAAGUGAAGGAGAUGAACAUCCGCUUAGACCAGACGGUGGCGGAGCUGAAGAAGGAACUCAAAACGUUGGUCCAGCUGCCCAUCAGCAGCAUGCUGGUCACCUACUUCAAUAACGAAGACCCUUUUGGCCCCGAGGAGCUGAAGUACAACUCGAGGGCCCUGCAUUCCUACGGCAUCCGGGAUGGAGACAAAAUCUACGUGGACUCCAAAGCCAAGUAGCCUCUCUUGCUCCAGAGCGCGCGCUCGGCCCCACGUAAAACACCAUCAAGGGACUUUCUGACGGGGGGUGUUUCAUUUGGGUUCACGGGGUUGAGACGUGGUGUUUCAGAAGUGCGUCCGGCCACCACUUCUAGCCCAGGUUAGCAGGUCCAGAUCCGUUGAGAGAAAAGCACCGGCAUUCAGCGCAGAUGGACAGACAGGAUGCUCCUCAGAGGCGUGACAUCGAGCAGGUGGGCUGUUUUCCCUUUGGUAUCUCCCAGCUACUUCAGUUUACUUGUGAACAGGCCGGCUUCAAACUCGGAGGUUAUGACAGCCACUCAAGCCAGGGAAUUCAGCCUUCGGCACGCAUAAGCGUCAGGUACGUGUGAAAAAGAUUCUGUGCAGCUCUUGUUCCCGUGGCACUUGGACUCCAAUUACAAACGGCUGCACUGCUGUCCCUUCACCUGGGUGGUCUGUCAUUUCUUCCUGGGGGCUCUUUUUGGAAGGAAAAGGUUCUUUAGGACAUGUGGGGGGUUGGGGCUGCGGGAUUGUCCAGCAGCAUUCUGGAUUUCAGACAGCUGAAGGAGAUCACUCUUGAGAGGCGCUUAACAUGCGUGUGCACACUGUCUCCCCCCGCCCCUCUGUCUCUCUCACGCACACAGAGAGACAUACACACACCUACAGCUUCCAAAGCACAGUAAUAAGGACACACUACACAAACCACAUUCCUUUAGAUAACCCUCCUGGCUUGCCAGUUCUCCAAGGUAGCAUAGAUAAAUUAUUUCUGCACAGGGCACAUCAGAAGUUAACUGGGUGGCACUUUGACAUACAGCACGUGAGUCGGGCAGCUAAGCAGAACAACCGAUGGGUCUGUUUGAUAAAAGUCAUCGCCUGAUUGGAUGCUGAAGGAAAUUCCUUUCAUUCAACAGUUUGCUAAAAGAUCACAAAUACCUUCCAGUGCUGCUAUAUGUUUGGUUGAUUAUUAUUAUUAUUAUUAUUAUUAUGAAUUACGCUUUGGGUGGCUUGAAUGCUUCUUCCUCUCAUUCCCUGCAUCCAUAAAUUCACCACCCGGGAUAAACUUGUGGCAGGAUUAGCUGAGGGAUAGAUACUGGUUCCUAGAAACCUUUCACAGCUAGUUUUAACCUGAAUUCCAAACUUCGUAUCACGAUACCUGGAUGGAAACCAAAAUCCAAUACAGCUUAAGUUCAUUUUUUGUCCAUUUUUUUUUAAGCCCACAGAAGCAUGCAAAACCAUUCCUGGUUCUCCCAAAGUUGGUCGUUUUUAUGCACGAGUUUAUGCACUUAUUCUGGACUUGUCCCUUUAUACGGUCCAUGAUUUGUGCAGCUCCAGUCAGAUGAGCUUCUGUUCUCUUCACGUCAAAGCAGUUCUUCUAUUUUAACUCGGGAUGGAUGUGCAGUGCGCUUCUGAUUACAGCAACUGCAGCGAAGACCAUAUUAAAUGCGUGCCACUGCUUUCCUAGGCGCUCAGCCUCUCGUACGCUUCUGCUUGGAAAUGCAUUAAGCUUGUUUAUUUUGUAAAUCAGGCAGGGGCUGCCCUUCCUUCCUCGUGUCAGUUUGACAAGCUGGAAGCCGUCCAAUCUGUCCAUUUUACACAUGUACAUUUAAGUGUCUGUGAAGCUGGCUGAUUCUUAUUACUCUGUGCACUUUUGACCUGAGUUGGUAGCUUUUAUGAUCAGAAAGCAAGAUAUAUAUUUUUUUCAGCCCCUGAUUCUGCUAUUCCCUCUUGGGGGUUUCCUUUCUUAUAUAAAUUGCAGAGUGUGGGGGUUACCCCCCCCCUCCUUUCCUGGUAUCUGCACUGUUGGAAAGCAAAAGAAAGUUCUUUUGUUUUCUCAUUGGAAAGAAAGCGUUUACCACCCUCUCUCUGUACAUUAAGGAGAGGGGGGUGGCUUCGGGAGAAGAGCAUUCUGACCUCCAUCUCUUGUGAAGCCACAGUUCUCCAUCAAAUUAUGACUAUUGGACGUCGUUCCAGAAUAGUAAUAUUCUGGAUUUUAUUAUAACUAUAGCAAGCUGAGGUUCUUUCCUCUCCAUUUACUUAGCAAGAUGCCCUUAUGGUACCAUGGUGAUGCCAACCCAAAUCAGCAUUUUAUUUAUGAUCGAUGCAUUUGUGUGUGUGUGUGUGUGUGUGUGUUUACACAUGCUUUAAUGGGGAAUGUUCUUGUCAAUAAGAUAUUUUAUUAUAAAGAUUUAUGGAAAGAUAGAAUUGUGUAAUAAUAUACUAUUAUUUUAUCGGUGGUCCUACUGUAUCAAAUACCCUAGUAGGGGUUGGAAGGCUGGUUGGCCGCAAAGGGCCAGCCAUUGAAAUGUAUGGAACAUCCAUUGGAACAGUACUACUUAUCUUCCUCCCCACUCCAAUGUUGAUGUCAUGGUAGUACUGUUCACUAUCCAUGCAGUUGGUUAUCUUAGAAAGAAGGAUGAAAUAGGUUGGGGAAAGAGACAGCAAAGGAAUUCCACCGAAGAUUCAUAUUUUUGUGCGUAUUAUUGAAAGAGAAUUAGUCUUAAAUCCUAAACCUACUUCCUUAACCUUAUGAUUCCUGUCUUGUGACUCUUAUAGACUUCUGGAGAGCAGUAAGUUGGGGAAAAAAAGCUGUAUUUAAUUUAUUUAAAUCUGCAGGUUGCAUAACUUAGGCAAUUCAAGAGUGUUUGCUUAAGUUGACAUUCUGCUAGCUAUAAUAGAGAGAGAAAAGGCUACAGCAAGACAAACCUUCAGGCCUAUCCCUUCAACCAUUCUCGUUUUUGUUUUUAAAGAAAAUGCAUAAACAAAUGCUUUGGAAGCUGAGGUCUGCAUCUAAUACAUUCUGUCAGCUUUCUGCAAUUAUAUAGAAUUGGCACAUAACUAUGGGCGAAAACUGUCAGCAUUAGGAGCAGCCAAGCUACAUCAAAUAUUUAAUCUUCUAAUUAGGUACAUUAUAGGAGGUUAAAAGCAGCAUGAAAGGGAGAGUAAUAUAAUGGCAUUCUGUACACAUGUCCUGUUUGGCUACAUUUUUUGCAUUGGAUUCAGCUGCGAAAUCUGUGGAUCAUCCUGGUUUGCCAACAGCAUCCAAUUCACCACGUUCUCCUCCAAUGUUCUGUCUUCAACCCAUAGCGCUGAUUGGUUCCCUCUUUGUGCUUUUUCAAAAUGCUGUGCACCAAAAGGAAAUGCGGCAUCAGACUUGGCCAGUUUUCAACUCUGCUUUCAUCCAGUGCUAAUGUCACACGUGAUUGUUUCCAACUAAAAACUGAUUUUGACCAUGAGGAGUUUUGCUUAAAAUGUCAAUCUUAACAUUCAGUUCAUGUUUGGCUAGUCAUCUGAUGGGAACCGUCAUAAGCCAGGUGCCACAGCUGUUUGCUGUUGAACAUGUGAACUCCUCUUUAUGCUAGAGCAGGGGUGUCCAACCUUAGCGAGUAUUAAAACUUGUGGACUUCAAGUCCCAGAAUUUCCCUGUCAGCCAUGUUGGCCAGGGAAUUCUGUGAGUUGAAGUCCACAGAUCUUAAAAGUUGCUAAGGUUGGUCACCCUGUGCUAGAAGCUUCCUCUUCAGGUAGUUAAGAAGCCAGGAUACUAAUUACUGUAGAGACCAUUUGUAUCGCCUGGCUGACUGGGCCCUGAACUCCUCUACGUCCAAAAAUCUGGAUAAAAAAGAGCAAGAAGAUUGACUUCAUCUGAAGUUAUAUUCUGAACAGCACCAUCAAGUUCCCAGUUGGGCGGUGAAUCCCAAUUGUACAAAAUGGCGAUUCUACUGGGGAAACCCUUGAGGUUUUUUUGGGUGAGGGGGAGCAGUGUUCUGGUCACUGGAAGAAGUUUAUAUUUCCCCAAAGACCCCUAUUUACGAAAUGUGAGCCUUUUAAAAGAUAAGUGGGGUGAUGUCAGAAAGUCCUCCUUUCCGCAGUCCAGUUAAUCUGUAGAUUUCAUUGCAUUAGAAAAUAGUGUAAUUAUCCACCAUUUUUAAUGUACUGGGGGAAAAAAACCCUGGGGAACUGGGAAGUAUUAGCUUUGGAACUCAGGGGGCUGUUACCGCUGGGUAGCAAGCCAUAGCAAGUGAUUCCCGGCUCAUAUCUGGGCCUGGCAGUUGCGUGUAGUAUUGAGCAAAAAAAAAAAAAAAACCACAGUAUCUUGGUUGGCAUUACUGCAGGUGAGUAAGUUCUGUGCAUGUUAGACCUCAGUUUAGCCUUCACAUUAUGCAAAAUAGGAAAUUCGUAGCUAAUUCUGCUUCUGUGAUUAAGUUGAGAGAGAAACUUGUGAUCCCCCCCCCACACACACACACCUCCUUUCUGACAUGGAAUGGUGGGGUGAAGAAUGGGUGGGGUGUGUGUGUCUGUGUGUGUUCUGGUGAGACCCCCCAGCAUGAGUGGAGAUUGGAGAAAUGAAAGCAUGAUUGGAGAAAUUAAAAUAAUAACCAAGCAAAGUGAUAUAGGCCUAGACUCCAAAAUCUCUACCCUUGCUUUGGCUUUUGAACUUUCUGUCGGAGUCCCAGAGAAAGCUGUGUAUAUAAGGGAUCCGUUGAAGUUAAAGGCAUUUGCAGUAGAUCCCCAUAGCAUAUUUACUCAUUAGCAAUCUCCAGGGUUUCAGACUGUAACGCAGCUGUAUGUUUCAGUGGUUUUGGUUCUGAAAAAAUGACAUAGCUUGCACCCCCAUUUUCAUAUUCUGAGCCUUCCCCCCUCCCCUACAGCUUGAGUUGAAACUGAUUAACAACACAGGCAAUCUUCGCUCUGCUGAAUUCCAUAAACCAGUAUUUCUCAACCAUUGCCCGCUUUAAGACUGUGGACUUCAACUCCCAGAAUUCCCCAGCCAGCUAUGCUUGAGGUUGUGGAGAGAUAGUGAACCUGGAUCUGAUUAAGAUGCUGUUUCAUAAGGAAACGUAAUUUGUACUGAAGGCUAGGCAAGAGCGUACUUCGUAGAGGGAGCUGCAGCUACAUCUGGCUGCACCCUGAUGUAGAUUUGGAGUAGGGACAUAGGCUGCAACUUGGAAAAAAGUAUCAUUGAAUUCUAGAGCUGGUUUUUGGUAGAAAACUCUCUGUGGGGUUGGUUACACCAAUGGAGCAAGGCAAUUGAACGUAAGUAAUAGCGUGACCUCUAUGUAGGAUUACCAUGAGGGAGUAUCUUCUUCUGAAUAAUCUACUCCCGUUUUACUCUUUUGCUGGCACAGAGCAAAACAGUGAGGAAGAGAAGGCUCAUGUUCACCGCUUAGGUCACUUCCAAAUCUAACAUCUGGCCAGGAUCCUUGGCUUUAGUCAUUUGAAAGAGCAAUGCAUGUCAACCCUUAUUCGAGAUACAUGGGGCCUGAAGAUUUUUCUGGAUCUAUUUACCUGGAAACAUAUCUGACAGGAUGGUUAAAUAAAAUAAAAACAAAUCCUCUACAGUUUCCCUUUUGUUUGUACUCAGAUUCAUGUACUUUUGUGGAAGGAAGUUAAUAUCUCUUUUCCAAGAAACAAGCAUUGUAUUUCAGUGUUCAAGAACUUGCUCCAAAUAUAAGGCAGUCAAUUGAAUGAUAUCAAUAAACUUUAAGUUUUGUAA